CAAGACUCGAGUAAAUCGCAUGCUACAUUGGUAGAUGUGCAUGGAAAAUGUCCUUGGCUAAGGGAUCGGCCCCUUCAUCUCCAACGGUCUUGGGAGAACAACGGCAAUCUGGUACUGACGAAAGCUUCAGUUUUGGUUACCUACGACAAUGGAAGACCGAAGAAGCGUAUUAUGGGAUGUGUUCUGGUACCUCUUGCUAGUGAUCUGCCACCUCCUCUGGGGCCUCUUUCCGGUAUCAUGCCGCUUUUUACAGACCAAGGCAAAGCCUCCUUUGGAGCCAAUGCGGUUGGGAUUCUAUGUUGCCGCAAUCGCGGCUCUUGGGCUUCUAUUCACAUACACAAUCCCAGUCUCUUUGAUCCGUUGUUGCUGCAAAAGGCAAAUACCAGAAGAUGAUGGCAUCAUUGAUGGGAGCCAGGAAGUUCAAUCCAAGAAAAAGCACGCCUUGUCAGAGAAGAUCACUGCCAUUCUGGUGCUGGCGAUUUCCCUGGGUGUGCUGGCCUUUGGGGGCAUUCUUGCUGCCAACUACACCUCAGCCAAUUGGCUGCAACUGCUGUACAUGACAGCGCCCCUUCUAGUAGCCCUGCUGGCACGUGCUGUGCUGGCAAUACCCAUUGAGCCGGCCUUGUGGCCGUCUCUGGGGCUCACACUGCUUGGCUCAGGGAUGGUGGUGUAUGGAGGCAGCCAGAACAGCACAGAGGGGCAACAAUUGGGAUGGAAUGAUGCAAUAGGCAUUGGCGUUGGCCUCAUUAGCAUGCUGGGGAUGGCUGUGUUCUAUGUGUACGUGCAGAAGACAGAGGGCGUUAUUGCUGAGGACCUCGUAUUGUAUGUUGAGUACGCGACGAUGUGCCUCACGCUGCCGUUCCUGUCACUCGCACUGGAGCCCAAUGACUGGGAUGCAGUGCUGCACUACGAUGCCCUGGAAUGGGGAAACUUGCUCUUCACGUCACUCGGGGUGUAUUAUGGAAUGAAUCUGCUGCAACAAUUCAUCAUCCGGCGGGUGGGGGCGUCUCUGUUUGCGAUGGGCACGGCACUGCGCCUUGUGGCCUCAAUUGCUGGGUCAUGGGUGCUGAUGGGGGAGCGGAUAGAAAACUGGCAGGAGUGGGCUGGCAGCGGCGUUGUGGCACUGGCAAUCACCUAUUACCUCUUCUGCCAGUACAAGGGCAAACAGCCGGCUGAGCAGCCUGCCGGCAAUCUGCCGACAGAGCCGCUCAUGUCAGGGAAUGAUGCAGCGGCUGCCACAGAAGCGCCAGUUAGCAGGGCCAUGCCUGUGGCGCGCAGAAAUUCACAUGCGCUCGACCAGGCAGCACUGGUCUGCACACCGGGGUCUAUGCCCAGUUUGAGCUUCCGGGGUUACCUGCGGCCCUCUGGGUUCAAUGUGCCCAAUGUGCAGGGCGUGUGA